AUGGUCGGCGUGGAGAACAUCCUGGCCCAGCCUGGCGACGUGGAUGUUGCGGUUAGCGAAAUCUUCACCGAAGCCAUGUUCCAGGAACUCAAGGCGCUGAUGAGGCAACAGGGCAUGCCAGGCGUGGAUGAAGUGGAGGAGCACAUGUGGCGCUCUGGCGACCUUCGGCUGCGCGACCGGAAAAUCGUCUCCGAGUUCAUCAAGGAUCGAUCGCUGGGGUCCAAGAGACUGAUAUCAAUGCCGGAUCGGAUCACGAACACGAUUCAAGUGGUCACCAGAGCGCCGAGCGAGUACAAACCGCCACCAAAGUGCCGCCCAACUGUCAUCAACAACUACCUCGGUGACCUUUCCACCUUGGAAGUUUGGUGGGAGUCAUGGAAGAGGUUCAUGUUCCUGGAGCCGCUUUCAGUGAGGACCAGCGAUGGCGUCCUGGUCAGACGGCCCUGCCAGAUGCUGGAGCCGAUCCCUCGAAGCAAAUAUCCAGCGAUCACCGAAGAGGAGGAGAGACUAGCAAUACCACUGCAGAUACUAUGCCAAGCCAUCUUCGACGCGGUGAUGGUGCAUCUGAUGCACCGAUGUUCGGCCGACGGCUCUUGGCAGGUGGUGAAGAGCCGGAUCUUCGACAAGCUCUUCCGCUGCAAGACGCAGCGGACUGUCGAGAUUCUCGAGACGGCUUACAGCACGGUCGAUGUGCUGUUCCUGCAAGAAGUUGCGGCCACAUUCUGCGACUUCUUCCAGCACUCUGCACUUGCGGAGAGCCACAGCUGCAUAUUGCCCGAGAGCUUGGACGGCAAGCGGGAUCAGAACUCAGUCCUCUUGCUCUCCAAGAAGUUUUUCCUUGUCGACACCAUCCGGGACGUGACGCAGACCAUCGAAGCUGCAAUUGAUUCUGGGGUGCGACUGGUCAACAGCGACCUUGUUGCCGUGGCAGCGGACAGCUGCAGCGGAAGGUCAUAUCUGCUGGCCUCCUUCCACGGCGAUACGGCAGGUCGUCUCACAAAGCCGCUGUUGGCGGCUGUGGGAAAGGCAGCGAAGGAGAGCUUCCCAGGGCAUACGCUGAUCCUCGGCUUGGAUGCUAACGCCUACGUCCAUGGUGGCGAAGACAAGCUGGGCUUUGCAACGUUGCUGGAUGCUGUGAAGCAGCUUGGUCUUGCAACGUGCUUCGGGGACGAUCCGAGCCCUACCACCUGUUGCGCGCGCACCUCGCUGCAGCCGCAACUGAACAAGGCCAUAAGCUACAAGGACCGCGUCUCGAAAGGUGACCGAAAUCCGAAGGAUUUGAUCACCUUCCGAAGCGACCAGCUCCGGAUGGUCCAUCCGCUGGAGGCUGGCCACGCCAACCCUGUCAAAGACAACACUGGCCAGCUGUCCUUCGAAGACUCCGUGAACUUUCCUACAUUCGACUUCCCCUCCGACCAUGCCAUCGUCGCGGCACUUUUGAGUCACACCAGCUGA